AUGGAUCCGGAUCGAACCGGUAGUUUUUGAUCCAAAGGCGGAGCAGACCCGACCGGGAAACAACUACGGACGUGUUCUGUUAGAGUUUUUUGGGAUCAAACAAAAGAAGAAAUCAAUCGGCGGGAGAGAAGCUAAGCUAUGUCGAGGCUAUGGGCGAAAGUAGCCGGAUUGUUCAGAAGCAAGAGCUUCAUCGGAGCAGACAAGACCGGUAACAAGUACUUCUCCAGAAUGGAGGAGAUCGACGGUUUGGUGAAGGAGAAGAGAUGGGUUGUCUUUAGACGAGAAGAGGACCCAACCUCUGUUCCUGUUGAAUGGAUAUGUUGGCUGAAUGGUCAGAGAAAACGAGCUCCAACUCCAGAGGAAAUGGCUGAGCUUGAAGCAAGGCGUGAGCGUGUGAAGCUUAAUGUUGCUCGUCUCAAGAGAGAAGAGGAGGAGAGGAAAGCCAGAGAAGGCACUGGACGCAAAAUCACUAGCAUCGGUAAAGUUGAGGGUCCAGAUUUGUCAAGCUUUGUACGCCAUUUUCCACCGGAUUCAAAAGGUGAUAAACCAGAGGAAGCUAGCGAAGAAGCAGAUCAAUCAAGGGUCAAGGAACAUGAACCAGAGAUUGUUACUGCAGAACCACCCGAACCAAAGACAACUGAACCAUCAGGGUCUGGAUCAUCAUUUAGACCCGGAACCUGGCAGCCACCAUCCUAAAACACAUCUCAUGUUCACGCAGAUAACAACCAACAUGGCUGUUUUGUCCAAUCAUCUGUUUGUUGUGUAGUCUAUUGGUUUGAAUCUUACAUAUGAUUCAGAGAGAGUUUGUGAGGACCCUAAAUUGUGUGGCCUUUCACGUUGUUAUUGAGGACUUAGAAGAGUCAAAAAUUAGAAGCCAUCUCUUGUUUUGUUUGGUGGGGGGUUGUCUGACUUGUCUCUUGGCAUUGUGCUUGAGACUUAAAUUGCCUUUGUCCUUAAUAGCUUAAGAAUAGCCUAUCAUUCACCCUACCUUUUCCUCGUUGACUUUUAUUUAUUAGACAAAUGAACAUCAUCAUGAUUCAUGAUUGAAUAAAAAGUAUUUAUUUUCAUAUCA